AUUUAACAAUGCAGCCAUCAUCCUCGACAAAACACUGUGUACUUAUCUUUUAAUUUCCUGUGGAAUAAAAUCGCAAGGCUUGAUCAUAUUUAUAUAUUUAAGCUCCCCAUUUCAUUUAUUCCAAACUUAUUUUCUCAGAAAAUGACAGCCUCGAACGCAUCAUCGCGCAUGCUGGAGCUGAUCCGCCAGCACCUCCUCGAAGACGCGGACUCGUUCUUCGACAACGUGACUACACUCUGUUUCUCAGAAAUCGAGUCUCCUUCAUCCGGGUCGGAUCUCAAAUCUCCGGUUGCCCAGGAUGAUUUGCAGAUAAUUAAGGAGGAGGAGGAGGAGGAGGUGAAAGGUGAAGUGAAAUACAGUGCGGGGAGGCGGUACAGGGGAGUGAGGAGGAGGCCGUGGGGGAAGUAUGCGGCGGAGAUAAGGGAUCCGACGAAGAAAGGGAGCCGGGUUUGGCUGGGGACGUAUGAUACCGAUGUGGAUGCAGCAAGGGCAUAUGACUCUGCUGCUUUCAAAAUGAGGGGCAGAAAGGCUAUUUUGAAUUUUCCGUUUGACGCCGGGAAAACGUCUCUGCCCUCCAACGCCGGCCGGAAAAAGGAUACCAACAACUGAUACUAAUUAACUGCUAGUAUUUGGAAAAUUAUGUACUACUACUACUACUACAAUACUUGUGUGUGAGAUGCUAGUACUACUAUUUUGUAUGGUGAAAGUUUUACAGUUUUGAAUAGUGGAGGAGUAGUUCAAUGUAGACGACAAAUCUCCCACCCAAACUUAAAUUCUAUGCAUCUUCAUUUAAUUAUCA